AGCCUGUAGAGAGCAGCAAUGACCUCUUCCAACCUUAAGGUAGCCGGAAAUAGUUAUGACUGAAAGUCCAACAAUUUCCGGGUAUCGCCACCAAAGCAACUUUCCCCGUUUGUGUAGCGACUUUCGAGUGAAUUUGUCACACACAAAAAUUCGGACGUUUUAAAAUGAACACUGGACUGAAACACUGGAAAGAGGCGGCCACUCUCAUUUUGGCCGCGGGUCACAGGCUCGGCGCGGACAGUUUAUCCUCACCGGGUGUUGUGUGCUCCCAGCCGGGCAAAAACGAACGACGACCUCCAGUCACGCAGCGGUUUGACUACAAUGUUUUACUCCUUAAACGAAGCAGUAAAAGCGGGUUCAUGCCAAACGCCUAUGUGUUCCCCGGAGGUAUGGUGGACUCCUCCGACUUUUCCAGUGAGUGGUUGGACGUUUUCAAAGCUUUUACGAACUCUCGGAAUUUUGGCUUAAGGAGCGUGAAACAACCAUCGGAGACCAGACCGCCGAUAUUUGCUACUGACAGGCUCAAGCUGGGCUCACCAAUCCCGGGAGAUGUUGCGUUCCGGAUCUGUGCCUUGAGGGAGACAUUCGAGGAGUCAGGCGUGCUGCUUUUUGUGUCCAAAAAGGAUGAAUUGAGUCUACUAAAGAGCCUUAAUGACAGGUGCGCCGCUGAUGAAGUCAAGCAUUACAGAGUAAACGAGUUGUGCAGCGGUGAACUGAGCAGGUGGAGGACUCUGGUCAACCAGAACCCGUCCAACUUCGUCAGGAUGUGCAGGGAGCUGGAGGUGGUGCCCAACAUCUGGGCCCUCCACGAGUGGGCCAACUGGCUGACCCCAGCGGGACGAUACUGCGUGAAGAGGUUUGACACGGCCUUCUUCAUGUGCUGCCUGGAGGAGAGACCACAUGCCUUCCAAGACCAGAAGGAAAUUCAACACUUACAGUGGUCGACACCCUCAGACAUCUUGCAGAACUUCCAGGAUCGCGAUUUGUGGAUCGCCCCCCCGCAGUACUACGAGCUGAGUCGCAUGUGCCGCUUCCCCUCGCUGAGCGACCUCCACGCGUUUGCCAGACGGCGCGGCACCGACGGCUGCGAGCAAUGGCUUCCUGUCAUCUUCUUGCAGGACGAUAGCUAUGUAUCAGUGCUGCCAGGAGACCACCUGUACCCAUCAAACAGUUCAGAAACAACUAAUGUGGAAACUCGAGAAGGUUCUGAAUCGGCACUACACCGCUUCCUGAUCUCAGACCCUUACUGUCCACACCUGCAGGUCAACAUCACACCCAAGUUCAACCACAUGCUGCCCCUCAUUGGACCGUUGGAAUCCACAACCCCUGUGUGAACACAGUAGGAGCAAAUCAUGAACAAGAUCACUCAAGGAAAACACACAAUCAAGUUUAGAGCCUACUGACACGAAACCAUUAGAAUUGUGCAGGACUUCGGGGCGAUUCCCACUCCCUUCACUUUCCCCCGCCAGCCUGCACUCACACUGCUCAACAGCAUUUGGGCUUCGGCUCAUUUACGUGUGCUGUAUAUUGGUGAAACUACGCUGGAUUAUUUGUAGUUUAUUUCCACUGUGUUAGGUGUCGAUUAUCAUUAAUAGCUGGCAAGAAAUCUUUGUAUUACAGUACAGUGAACCCUCACUAUUCACUAUAUUGUACUGUAUUAUGGACCAUGGCCCACAGUGAAUAUAUUUUAGAAGAUUUGUGACUAGUAGACCUUUGGCUACGAAAGGAAUUCCUGGUCAAAGUGGAACUUUAAAGUCAUCAAAAUAACAAGCUGUCAUAGAAACAUCCUUGGAAAAAUAGAAAAUUGUAAUCGGUAAUCUGGAAUUUUGCGCCCGAACAGACAAAGCGCCUUUGAUGAAAAUAUAACCUUUUUGAUGUAUAGGAAGAGUACGGCUUUAAUGACUUACUUCCAGGAUUGAUGAAAAAAAAAAAUAAUAAUUCAAUAAUCAAAAAGUCACAUCUUUUUCUGGAAGUCAUGUUAAUUUAAAUCAGAUUGUUUUGUUAUAAUUGAUUAAAUCGAGAUUUUAAGUUUUAGUUUUUUUUCAUUUAUUUAUUUAUUUUUGUAUCUUUUAAAGGCCCUCCUAUCCAGGUCAUAAAAACACCUGCACAUUGUGUACAAGUCACAGUACAAGCAAUACACGUGAAAAUCACAUGCAGACACUGUCAGACCACUGUACAGGAUUCUAGAGUACACUUGUAUUAUUUGGCAGUAGCAAAUUCCCGGCAGAUAGUGCACUGAUAUCACAACAGUAACAUUACAGAGCCUUAGUGUUUUGUGGACUAUUGUCCUACCAUUCCAAAAGAACAUUUUAAGAUUUCUCUGAAUUGGCUGUUUCGACGGGAAUUACAUUUUUGGCUUGAUGUAUUCAAUUAAAUCAACUUAGCCUUCUUCUUUCACACAAACAUUUAAACAGAAAUAUUCAGAACCUAAAAUACAGUCUUCCAUAGAGACACUUUUUCAGGACAGUAAAUGCAACCAGGAUAUUAAAGAUCCGUGAAGAAAAAUAUAUUACUGCUGGCCAGUCUAAUGUAACAUCAAUUCUGCCAUCACAUUGCAAGUAAUAAUAACAGACAGGUAUUAAAUAUUUCAUAAAUAAGAAUGUACUUGUAAGUCUACAUUGUUGUUUCAUUUGCUGACGGUGUAGGCCCCCAAUAAAGGUGCCAACAUACUUAGAGGGAAACCAACACGACUUCAGCAUGCCGCCCAUGGACUAAUUUAUUGCGAUGCACCUGUGUGUCAAAGCUAACUAACCUCAGACUUUUAUGAAGCUAACACUUAUUUCAGCAGUAGAAAGACUUUUGUUUUGUUUUUUUCUGUUUGUUUUGUUUUAAUUCAUCAAUUUGGAGUGAAAUUAAAUUGUGUGCAUGAGGACAAGUAUCAGCAUCCAAUCCAGCCUUAUAGUACAUCAUGUACUGUGGCUAUUAAGUUAGGAUCAUGUAUUAUUGUUGUUAUUGUUUAUAUUAUUAUAAGAAGCACCAUUGAUUGUAUAAGAUUUUGUAUUUCUGGGAGAAAAAAAGCUAAAUAAUAUCUAAACUACAUGCAAUUAUUGUAUUUUGAUUAAAAAAAAUUGAAUUAUAGCCUAAUGUUAUGGUGUGUUUACCUUCUAUAUCUCUGUAUUUUUCUGCAUGCGUGAAUGUGUGAUGGGCUAAGUUGAAAUAACAACGCUCAACCUUCAUGCUGUUUGUCUUGGAGAGUCAAUUGAGGGUUACCAUGGCAACUCCACUGCCUUGGAAACCUCACUAUCUCUGUCUGUGAUGAGGCGAUGAUGCGUUGCUGUGUGUAGCUAGCGCCUCUGUUGCGCACUCUCUUUGGAUGAGGACUCACUCACCUGUAAAUGGCCCUGCUUACAGUUUAUGAUUAAAGUGUAAUGCAGCUUUUUGGUGGAUGUUCUAGAAUUUGAAAGCUUGCACAAAAAUCUAUUUCGAUAUUUCUCAGGCUGUCUCAAAUAGUAGAGUUAGUGUCACUCUCGCUUUGAAGACCCAACAUUUUAGUCCGCGCCAUUUCUUUGCCAUGUUUUAAUUUAUCACCCAUGUAUUUUUGGAUCUUUUCAAACUUUCUUGAAAUGCCUGCCAGCAAAGUUAAACUAGAUGCAACAUUAUUUUAAUUCAGCUCUGUGUCCUAAGUGCUUUUUGGCUUUUUAUUUAAAGCGAGGGUGGGGAACCUUUUUUCGAUUAGGGGCCAAUCUGUACCAGAGGGCUUUUAAGGGACUCACAGCAGUUGGAGAAAAAUAACGGGGGGGGGGAAUAGGAAAAUAGUUAAUUUUUUAAAUUUUGACAUUGAGAGAGAGGUGAAAACUCCUGAGAAGCACUUUUUAAACAAAGUCUAAUGUUAAACAAGUUUAAGGCAGCGCUGCACGCCACAAGUAUUUUGUCAAAACGACUGAUUAAAACAUUUCACAAAGGUCUGGGAAGUAGUAUUUAAAUUUUGAUGGGUAAGUGUUGGGUUGAGUUUGAUAUACUUUCCUUGAAAUUGAUUUCAUAACUAUUAUUAUGUUUGGGGGGGGGGGGGGGAGUUGUAUUUACUCUAAAAAAUAUAUUCAUUUUAAGUCUUGCACAUAAAGUAUGGAAACAGCAACCAUUGCAUAAAUAGGAGUUACAAUACAGCCUUGGUUGUUUAUUAAUAACGUCUUGAAGAAAACAGUAGCCUAGUUUGUGUUUAAUUGCUAAAACAAAAAAUGUAGACAAUACUAGUAAAAAUGGGCAUUUUAAUUGAAAAUGGAAAAAACUAACAAUCAAUGAUCGAUUAUUAAAAAAUAUAUAUUUUUGUAAUGGGAUGGGAGAAUCUCUGAAUGUUCGGAGCUCAUGUUUUAUUGCCGGUUUUGUUUGAACGGAAUAAUUCCCUUCCCACAGCUGACUUCAUAUUCUUCUUCUUGAGACCACAAACUAGACAGAAUCAACAGCGCCUCUGCUGGUUGCAGCAAAGUAGUGCACUCCAUUUUGCCUCAUUUGCUUACACCCAAUCACACACACAAAAGGAAUACAAAUGUUAUGAUUAAUAUGUUUUGCUGAAAUUACAUUAGAAAACUUACUGAAUAUUUUUUAACAAUGUGAUUUGAAUUAAAUUCACUUUUCAAAGGAUGGCUUUGUAUUGCACCCUUUCUACAACAACCCAGCAUAAGCAACAAGCACUACAGCACAGUCCAAAGUCUUUGUGUCCAUAUAAUUAUGUAUUCCGCUUUGAGAAAAAAGCAGUUUUCUACUAACCUUGAGCUGUUGUGUGUUAGUUUUGGGUGUGCUGAGGAAAAAUAAAUAAUUGAAUUGA